AUGGAGGCCAAGGAGGAGGAGAGGGAGCCCGUGGUCAGCCCUUCCCAUGGGCAGACCUUCAGCAACAUGCAGGCCAGGAAGAAGUCCAGUUCCAGCAAAAAAGUCAGGCAGCUCAAGUACAAAGAGCAGAACCUGGAGGCACUGAAGAAGGAGGCGACCAUGGAGGACCACAUGCUAAGCCUGGAAGAACUCAGCGCCAAGUACUCCGUGGACCUGCAAAUGGGCCACACCCACACCACAGCCCAGAAGAUUCUGGAGCGCGAUGGCCCCAAUGUGCUUACGCCGCCCCCCAAGACCCCCGAAUGGAUCAAAUUCUGCGAACAGAUGUUCGGGGGAUUCUCCCUUCUGCUGUGGACUGGGGCCAUCCUCUGUAUCGUGGCCUACUACAUCCAAGUCCAAGUGAACCAGGACACCACGAAAGACAACCUGUACCUGGGCAUUGUCCUGGCCUCCGUGGUCUUCAUCACCGGCUGCUUCUCCUACUACCAAGAGGCCAAGAGCUCCCAGAUCAUGGAGUCGUUCAAGGACAUGGUGCCCCAGCAAGCGCUGGUGAUUCGGGAAGGGCAGAAGCUAAACAUUGGCGUGGAUAAAGUGGUUCUGGGCGACCUGGUAGAGGUGAAGGCCGGCGACCGGAUCCCGGCCGACAUCCGACUCAUCUCUUCACAAGGCUGCAAGGUGGACAACUCCUCCCUGACCGGUGAGUCGGAACCGCAGACCCGCUCCCCCGAGUUCACCCAUGAGAACCCUCUGGAGACCCGGAAUAUCUGCUUCUUUUCCACCAACUGCGUGGAAGGCACCGCCACGGGCAUCGUGGUGGCCACCGGGGACAACACAAUCAUGGGCCGCAUAGCCAUCCUGGCGUCGGGGCUGAAGGUGGGCAAGACGCCCAUCGCCAUGGAGAUCGAGCACUUCAUCCACAUCAUCACCGCCGUGGCCGUCUUCCUGGGCAUCUCCUUCUUCUUCCUCGCCCUCAUCCUCGGCUACCACUGGCUGGAGGCCAUCAUCUUCCUCAUCGGCAUCAUCGUGGCCAACGUGCCCGAGGGACUGCUGGCCACUGUCACCGUGUGUCUGACGCUGACCGCCAAGCGCAUGGCCCACAAGAACUGUCUGGUGAAGAACCUGGAGGCGGUGGAGACCCUGGGCUCCACGUCCACCAUCUGCUCCGACAAGACGGGCACGCUCACCCAGAACCGCAUGACUGUGGCCCACUUGUGGUUUGACCAGACUGUGUACACUGCUGACACCACCGAGGACCAGCAGGAGAACACCUUUGACAAGAGCUCUGGCACCUGGAAAAUCCUGUCCCAAAUCGCCGGGCUGUGCAACCGGGCCCACUUCAAGCCCAAUCAGGAGAUGAUCCCGAUCAUCAAGCGGGGGACCACGGGAGAUGCCUCCGAGUCGGCGCUGCUCAAAUUCAUCGAGCAGACCUGCGGCUCCGUGACUGAGAUGCGAGAGAAGAACCCCAAGGUGGCCGAGAUCCCCUUCAACUCCACCAACAAGUACCAGAUAUCGAUCCACAUUCCCGAGGAGAAGCCCGAAGCCCGUGUCCUGCUGAUGAAGGGGGCUCCUGAGAGAAUCCUGGAGAGGUGCUCCAGUUACCUGCUCCACGGGACCGAGCACCCCAUGGACAGCAACAUGCAGGACGACUUCCAGAAGGCUUACCUGGAGCUGGGCGGCCUGGGGGAGCGCGUGCUGGGGUUCUGCUACCUGGACUUGCCCGACUCCUUUGGGGAGGAUUUCGAAUUCAACACGGAGGAGGUCAACUUCCCCACCGAGAACCUGUGCUUCGUGGGCCUCAUGUCCAUGAUCGACCCUCCCCGGGCAGCCGUGCCCGACGCUGUGAGCAAGUGCCGCAGCGCGGGCAUCAAGGUGAUCAUGGUGACCGGUGACCACCCCAUCACGGCCAAGGCCAUCGCCAAGGGCGUGGGCAUCAUCUCCGAGGGCACCGAGACUGUGGAGGACAUUGCGGCCCGGCUCGACAUCCCGGUCAAAGAGGUCAACCCCAGAGAGGCCAAGGCAUGCGUGGUGCACGGCUCUGACCUGAAGCACAUGGACUCCACGCAGCUGGACGAGUUGCUGCGCAAUCACACAGAGAUCGUCUUUGCCCGCACGUCCCCGCAGCAGAAACUCAUCAUCGUGGAGGGCUGCCAACGACAGGGGGCCAUCGUGGCCGUGACGGGGGACGGCGUGAACGACUCCCCUGCCCUGAAGAAGGCCGACAUUGGCAUUGCCAUGGGCAUCGCGGGCUCAGACGUGUCCAAGCAGGCGGCCGACAUGAUCCUGCUGGACGACAACUUCGCGUCCAUCGUCACCGGCGUGGAGGAGGGCCGCCUCAUCUUUGACAACCUGAAGAAGUCCAUCGCCUACACGCUGACCAGCAACAUCCCCGAGAUCACCCCCUUCCUUCUCUUCAUCAUUCUCAGCAUCCCACUGCCCCUGGGCACCAUCACCAUCCUCUGCAUUGACCUGGGGACCGACAUGCUCCCGGCCAUCUCCCUGGCCUACGAGUCGGCCGAGAGUGACAUCAUGAAGCGGGUGCCGCGGAAUGCCCUCACGGACAAGCUGGUGAACGAGCGGCUCAUCUCCAUGGCGUAUGGGCAGAUCGGGAUGAUCCAGGCCCUGGCGGGGUUCUUCACCUACUCGGUGGUCCUGGCCGAGAACGGCUUCAGGCCCUUCGACCUGCUGGGCCUCCGUGUCAACUGGGAAGACCAACACAAGAGCGACCUGGAGGACAGCUACGGGCAGGAGUGGACGUUCGAGCAGCGGAAGGUUGUGGAGUUCACCUGCCACACGGCCUUCUUCGCCAGCAUCGUGGUGGUGCAGUGGGCCGACCUCAUCAUCUGCAAGACCCGCCGGAACUCCGUCUUCCAGCAGGGCAUGAAGAACAAGGUCCUGCUCCUGGCCAUCCUGGAGGAGACGGUGCUGGCCUGCAUCCUGUCCUACACGCCGGGGAUGGACAAGGCCCUGCGGAUGUACCCCCUCAAGGCCACGUGGUGGUUCUGCGCGGUGCCCUACAGCGUCAUCAUCUUCAUCUACGACGAGACCAGGAAGCUGAUCAUCCGGCACUUUCCUGGCUGCUGGCUGGAGAGGGAGACCUACUACUGA